AAUGUGUCAACUAUUACAGAAGCAACAGCACGCCUAGAGGCGGCGACCGCGGCGACCGCUCUUGCGGCGCGUCGAGUCGGACGGGAUCGGCGUCACGUCCUCGAUGCGGCCGAUCUUGAGGCCCGCGCGCGCGAGCGCGCGCAGCGCCGACUGGGCGCCGGGGCCCGGCGUCUUCGUCUUGUUGCCGCCCGUCGCGCGGAUCUUGAUGUGCAGCGCCGUCACGCCGAGCUCCUUGCAGCGCACGGCGACGUCCUGCGCGGCAAGCAUGGCCGCGUAGGGCGACGCCUCGUCGCGGUCGGCCUUGACCUUCAUGCCGCCCGUCACGCGGACGAGGGUCUCACGGCCCGACAGAUCAGUGACGUGCACGAACGUGUCGUUGAACGACGCGAAGAUGUGCGCGACGCCGAAGAGCGUCUCGCCCUCGGUGAGCUUGGGGCCCAGGGUGGUCACCUCCUUGACGACCUCGGCUUUUUUGGACAUGGUCGCUAAGUGUGCUGUGCGGGAGUGGGGGGCCUCCGAAAAGGCUGCCGACUCGACCGACUUGUCUACGCUAUCGUCGCUGCGACGUGUUGGUGGGGGACCUGCGUGCGAGAGUAGGGGUUAGGUGGCUGCCGUGGGGCGUCGGCGGCGUCUCUUGCCAUCGGCGGCGUGUGUCGGCGGCUCCUAAGCCAGCUGGGCAAAAUGGCGAUUUUGCCACAAGCUGCGGCGAGCCGGCGCGUCGUGCUGCGUCGAGCGCUUCGAGAGGUGCGCAGACGUCCGUGCGGCGGCUUGAUCGUCUCUGAUAUGUCAGACACUGCCACUUGCGAGCAAUAAACUCGUC